AUUAUUACAAUGGCUAGUAUGUUAGCUUGCCAACCAACAAUAUUGGAAGGACAGUGGGAGUAUAUAUAUCCACAAUUCACUUGCCACUAAGUUUGCAACAAGCUCCAACUAUGAAGACAUGAUGUACAUAUUAGAUCUCAGCUACAAGAAUCUGCCCCGCCAUCUGAAGGCAUGCUUUCUGUAUCUAGGUUCUUACCCAGAAGAUCAACGAAUUGAUAGGGUUGAGCUAGUGAGGCGAUGGGUGGCAGAAGGUUUUGUGAGUAACUCUAGCGGGCAAGAUGUAUGGGAUGUUGCGGAGAGUUAUUUCAGUGAGCUGGUCAACAGGAGCAUGAUUCAACCUGUAUAUUAUGAGUACAUUAUCGGUCGGAUAUCAGGCUGCAGAGUGCUUGAAUUGAUUGUAAGGAGAUGCAAGGAAGAUAAUUUCCUGAGUUUGGUAAAUGAUCCACAAGAGGUGGUAGAAGUGCAAGACAAGGUCAUUCGUCGACUCAACGUUGUUGGGUUGUGAUGUACGGAGGAUGACAAAGUGGCUAUGACUACUGCUGUGAAUUACCUAGCACAGAUUCGUUCGCUUAGCAUGCUAGGACAAUCAAAUUGGGUACCUUCGUUGCUGGAGUUUAAGUUUGUGAGGGUGUUAUCCCUUGCUAUUAAUGGUAGGGCUGAGAUGCCGGUGGACCUGACUAUUAUCAACCAGUUGUCACAGCUGAGAUACUUAAAGGUACUAGGAAUUGGUAAAAGUACAAUAAUACCUUGUCAAAUUCGGGGGUUGCGACUUUUGGAGACUUUGGAUUUAUCUGGUAUAUUCUUCUGUAGCAUUUCAUUAGAGAUUGUUGAUAUGCCACGGUUGUCCCAUCUGACGGUGCCACAUGGUACGAGAUUGCCUGACCGGAUUGGCAAGGUAAAAUCACUGCGCACUUUGCAUGGCUUUAUGCUGCCAAUGGACUCGUUGGAGGGUAUUAUAGGCCUGGGUGAGCUCACCGCUCUGUCAGAUUUGGAAUUUUCUUUCCCCAAUGGUGGGUGUACGGGGUUGUCGAAGGCUGCAUGGAUGACAGCUCUAAGCACUUCCCUUGAUAAACUUGGUAACCUCAAACAACUACGUGUAAAUCCUUUUGAUGUCUUCAAACAAGUUGUUGCCCUGCGCGCUGAUGCACUGAGCUCACUUUCCCCUCCCUUCCGCAACCUCGAGCUGCUUGAUCUGAAGUAUGGAUGCACCUUCUCUCAAGUUCCAAGGUGGAUCGGCCAUCUCCAUAGCCUCCGUGAGUUGUACAUUGGGGCGAAGCGGGUACUCGAGGAAGACGUUGCCCUUAUUGGGACAAGGCUGCCGUCUCUCAUCAUCCUCAGCCUGCGGAUCCUAGGCAUCCCAACGGAAAGGAUCGUGAUAGGAGGCUCCACGGGAUUCCUAGUUCUCAGCUGGUUUUGGUUCGACUGCGAUGGUAUGUCGUUCCUGGCGUUUGAGGCAGGGGCGAUGCCUGCGCUCCGAGAGCUAGAGUUGGUCUUGGAUGGACAUGAAUGGGACAAGGCAGCACCUGCCGGGCUCCACCAUCUCCUGAGCCUCGAGAAAAUCACAACAAUGCGGGCGCGCUACGGGGGCAAACGGCAGAGGCUUACCGCAACUGGUGAAGAUGACACUGCGCUGAUCAGGAGCGUGUUCCAGGAAGCUGCUGACACUCUCCCCACACGCCCUGAAUUCGAACUCAGCACAUCGCAGAAAAUCAGACCCAUGGAGGAGGAGGACUAAUUGGAUGGAUGAUUGAGGCGCAGGAUCUUCACCCAAUAUAAAUCAAUAACCCCGGCAUAGCACAGGCUCCCUGGCCAGUUGCCCAAAUAUAUGUCACCGCUUACAUCGAGUUGUUAUCCAUGUGUUCCGUCCACCAUAAUCGAGCCUGAGUCUAGUCCUUGGUGGUUGUACUAGUCUAUCUUUUUUUUAAAAAAAAUAAUAACUUCCCAACCCUCCAUUUUUAUCAUCCAAAUUGUGCGUAGCGUAGGGCUCCUUCCUUUGUAAUGCAACAUCCUUCUUACAAUGCAACAUCAUAUGCAACAACACACUGGUGUGCAGCAUAUGACAAUAAUCUGACAGCAUGGCCGAUUCAGGCAA